AUGGCGGCCUCGGCGAUGGCGGAGCUGCGCCGGGAGGGGAACGAAUAUUUCCAGGCCGGCCGCUACGCGGAGGCGCUGGCCGCGUACGCGCGCGCGCUGGACCUGCCCGAGGCCGGGCCCGAGGCCUCACAGCGCGCCCUGCUGUACCGUAACCGCGCCGCCUGCCAUCUGAAGCUGGAGGACUACGCGCAAGCCGAAGCGGACGCCUCCCGAGCUCUGGAGCUGGACGGGCAUGACGUGAAGAGCCUCUUCCGCCGUAGCCAAGCCCUCCGGGGCCUGGGCCGCCUCGACCGGGCCGCCUCGGACCUGCAGCGGUGCGUGCACUUGGAGCCCAAGAACAAGGCCUUCCAGGAGGCACUGCGCGACCUUGGCAGCAGCGCCCAGGAGACGAUGAAAGCCAUGACCUGCACUGACUCCAAAGUAGAAGCCAUGUUUAAGUUGCUGCUGAGCAACGAGGAGAAGGAUCAAGACAAGAAGCAAAAGGCAGCUCAGAACUUGAUAGUUCUGGCUCGAGAGGAGCCUGGUGCCGAGAAAAUUUUCCAAAAUGAUGGAGUGUGCUUACUGCUGCAGUUAUUGGACACAGGCCGUUUGGAUAUGAUGAUAGCAGCCUUGCGGACCUUCACCGGCCUCUGCCGUGGCCACUGUUCUCGAACGGUGGUGAUUCUGAGUGAACUCGGGCCCCGACGCCUCUUUACUGUCCUAGAGAGGGAGGAUGAGCAGCUUUCACUGGCUGCCUAUAACCUCUUGCAGGUCAUGUUUGAGACUCUCAGGCAGGGGCUGCAGAAGGAAGUGGUGCGUAAAGACAAUGUUUUGGCAUCAGACUCAUCCAAAGAGCUGAGGUUGCUUCUUAGAUGGCUAUUAGAGGCUCUCACUCGAGUAGGCGUCUCUUCCUAUGGUCGUGACAGUAUCCUCAAUCUGCUGAUCAGCAUAAUAGCUCCAAAGUCACUGCAAGCCUCCAACAACUCUUUGACUCUUUGGGUCAUUGAUCAUGGUCUCAAAGAGAUCUUGGAGGUUGGGGGCACAGUGCCCCACAGUCCUGUAGGCCUGCGUGUGACAGAGAACACCCCCAUGACUGUGGCCGUGCUGCUCAGUAAGCUUUAUGAGGACUUGAAGUGUGAUGGCGAGAGAGAGAAUUUCCAUCGACUUUGUGAAGAUUAUGUCAG